AUGGAGGAUAGAUAUCCGAAAUGGGGAGAAGAUAAACCGCCUGAUGAUUUAGAUAACAUGAUAGUUGACAUCCUCAGUGAUCAGCUAAACGACAAGUUUUGGGAUGAAGAAUCGCAUACUGAUAUGCCCAUACAAAAGUUGCUUGAGGCUGUCAACAACUUGACUGGAAGAGUAGAAACCAUGGAUGUUAGUGUAGCUGAAAGGGUUAUUAAGACAUUGGAAGCUUCUGUACAAGCUCAGAUGGAUGCUAGAAUGGCUUUAUUUGAGACUGAGUUGAAGAAAAAGAUGGCAAUACUAGAGGAAGAUAUAAAUGUUCUUAAAGGGAAGGAUGAUGAAAAAGUUACAUCCAAUGCCGGCAAAUCCAAAGAACAUGAAGAAGACGACGCUUGUAGCAACACGAUGGUAUGUUUACAUUGUUAUCUAUUGUUUUUUAUGUACAAAAUACUAACUGGUGUUUUAUACUUGACAGUCAUGGAUGGUUCAGACAAAAAAGGUUCAGUUGAUGGAUUACCAAUACAACGCGUCGUCAAAAAAGAGAAGAAUAAGAAGACGGUGCCAGGGAUACAAGUGAAGAUAGAGAAGCCAUUUCCUAUCCCACAGCUAAAUGACCAAUCAAUUUCCGCAGAGAGUUGUGAGGAUCAUCUACAAUGGCAGAAAAGUACAAAUUGUAGACAGGCGUUAGAAGCAAUAGCUUCAAGUAUUGAGGCCAUCUCCAUUGGGAGAUCAAAAGGGGUAAAAAGGGGGGUUCACACGGUUUACGAGGAAAACAGUGGUGAACCCGAGUCUUGUGAGCUUGCUGCGGUGAUACCGGAUCGUCAGGGGUUCGCCACAUGGCGGACCCUGAUUCGUUGA